CUUCCCUCUUGCGUUUUCUGUGAGCUUUGAGCUGCCCUGCAUGGGAGACUGCAGCUUCGGCACAAAACUGCUGAAACCUCGGUAUCAGUCUCAUCCUCUGAUCAACUGCAUAUCGCUUGCUGGGAAAAGAUCUUGGAAGAUCUGGAGAAUUACUAAAGCAGAGAGCAAACAACACCUCUUCUGAGGCUAACGAGCAAAAAUGGCACUUGAAACGUCUAGUGCUCAACAAGGAAGUAAAACUAACCAGGAGUGAAAAAAAGACAAUGGAUCCAGACUUUCUAAAUGUGUUUACACUGCCUGUUGCACUUGAUCAAGUUGGGGCUGAAAAUAACAUUGCUCAAGGAGAGAAGAGGAAACUUAUAAAACCCACCUCACACAAUAAUCCCAAAUUGGAAGAAUUAAAACUGUUAUUGAUUGACUGGAUUAACACAACUCUGAAGCAGGAACACAUAGUAGUCAAAAGUCUGGAGGAAGAUUUGUUCGACGGACUGGUACUUCAUCAUCUUCUGGAAAACCUAGGAUCCCUCAAGCUGGAUGUUGACAAGAUUGCAUUAACAGAAAAAAAACAGCGACAGAAGCUCUCUGUGAUUCUGGAAGCUGUGGCUAAGUGUUUGCAGCUGGAAGAAAAUCAGCUGAAAUGGAGCGUGGAAUCUAUCUUGACAAAGGACUUACUGAGCACGCUGCAUCUUUUGAUUGCAAUAGCAAAGCACUUCCAACCCAAUCUGGCUAUUCCUCCAAAUGUUCGAGUGGAAACAAUCACUAUUGAGAACACCUCCAGGGGAUUAAAGACAGAAACUGCAGUGGAAUAUAUCACCGAUAUCAAAGAAAAUUUAGAAGACCAGUCAACAGAUGAUGCCUUUGAUGAAUUAUUCAGCCGUGCUCCAGAUAAACUGGAUGCAGUAAAACAGGUAUUCCUCCAAUUUGUCAACCAGCAUGUUGGAAAAUUAGGGUUAAACGUGAAAGACAUCGAAUCUCAGUUUGCAGAUGGAGUUAUCUUACUCCUGUUGAUCGGACAACUGGAGGGUUACUUCCUGAAUUUAAGGGAUUUCUUCCUGACUCCAGCCAGCACUACAGAGAUGCUUCACAACGUGAACCUUGCGGUGGACUUGCUGACAGAUGGAGGUCUGCUAAAUUUUUCUGUGAACUCUGAAGAUAUUGUGAAAGGAGAUAUGAAGACUACAAUGCGGAUUCUGUAUUGCUUAUAUUCCAAAUACAAGGCCAAAGAAACAUGAAGAGGAAGGCCAAGCAUUUGAGCCUUUUUUUUUUCUGGCUAGCAAGUGAUUUUUGAAUUUUCAGCUGUAUUUUUGUCCCUUUGUAUGUGCACACACUUAUCUUUGCUUGCUGUAUUAACAUGUAUAUGCAAGUCUGUAUUCAUGCAAGAUUUCACAUAUACAACUUGAAUUCCUGGAAGUAUGUGUUUAAUUAGGGCUGUAAGUCUAGAAGCUAUCCUUUGCUCUUUUUGAGGCCCUAAUGCAGGAAAGAAGUCUGUGUGUGUUUAUUCUAGACUCCAGUGUUUUGUGUCUGGAGUGGGAUUUGGAAGUUGGUGUUACAGCCUUGCCUUUUUCUCAUUCUGGUUCAGUCUGGAAAUUAGAGAGGUGGAUGACCCACCGUGGUGUCUCUGUGAAUAUUACAGAUACUGGAGCUCAGGUUCAAAAACUUCUUUGCAGAGGUGGACAGCUGUUCUCAGAUAAGGGCAUUUGGAUUGGAAAGCGAAUGAAAAGUAGCUGAAACAAAACCUGAACUUAUCAAAAUAUUUGAUCAAAGUUUCACCACUUGCCUGCUCAAAUCUGAAAGGAGGACUCAGAGCCGUGUGCUGAUGUGAGACUGUACGGUAACGGAGGGGAGACCUACAACACUAUGGAAAGAUCUCUGCCACUUCUGAGAGCACAUUAGUGCUACGGGGACUCUCAAACUCCCCUGGGACCCUCUUAGCGGCAUUUGUCCAGCAAUUGUCCCAAGCAUCCCAGCAGGCCCCCUCUGAACAAAGUUACUUUUGCAAAAGCCCCAGUUUACGUUAACUCUCACCCUGGGUCUUUCUCUGGAGUUUUAGAUCAGAACUCCUUCAAAACCUCCAUCUGCUCCUUUGACCUUGAAAUUAUGUCAUGUUUGUGUUGCAUAAAGCUUGAGUUCCAAUUAAAAAAAAAAA